CGGACGGGCCCUUCUCGCCUCCCUGAGGCGCCGGGCCGGGUGACCGAAGCCCCGCCGCCCGCUCGGCGCUCACCUGCUUGGCCCCCCGCGUGAACUCCUCGAUGCUGAACUCCUGGUCGAAGUAGAGGCGGAUGAGGAGAGACAGCCAGUAGUGCUAAAAGGAAUGGAACUAGGCACUUGCACAACCAAAUGGACAGUAGAUUAUUUGAGCCAAGCCGAAGGAUCUAAAGAAGUAAAGAUUCAUGUUUCUGCGGUGCCACAGAUGGAUUUCCUCAGUAAGAACUUUGUGUAUAGAACUCUGCCUUUUGAUGUAUUUGUACAAAGAGCAGCUGAAGUCAAACACAAGGAGUACUUUCUUUCUGAGGAUGAAAAGUACUAUUUGCGAUCAGUGGGUGAAGAUGCUCGGAAGGAUAUUGCAGAUAUGAGAAAGCAGUUUCCUAUUUUGGCACAAGAUGUUCAGAUUCCAGAAUAUUUUGAGAAGGAACAGUUUUUCUCUAGUGUCUUCCGCAUCAGCUCAGCUGGAUUACAGUUAUGGACACAUUAUGAUGUAAUGGAUAACUUCUUAAUCCAAGUAACAGGGAAAAAACGAGUUGUUCUGUAUAGUCCUCGAGAUGCACCAUAUUUAUAUUUAUCAGGUACUAAGUCAAAAGUGCUGGAUGUGGACAACCCGGACUUAGAGAAAUAUCCCCUUUUCGUGAAAGCCAAGCGCUAUCAAUGUUUUCUGGAAGCAGGAGAUGUGUUAUUUAUUCCAGCUUUGUGGUUCCACAAUGUAAUUUCUGAGGAAUUUGGAGUGGCACUGAAUGUCUUUUGGAAGCACCUUCCUGCUGAGUCCUAUGAUAAGAGUGACACUUAUGGAAAUAAAGAUCCCACAGCAGCCUCUAGAGCUAUACAGAUCUUGGACAGGGCCUUGAAAACACUUGAAGAACUACCUGAGGAAUAUAGGGAUUUUUAUGCUCGGAGAAUGGUGUUACGCAUCCAAGAAAAAGCCUAUAGGAAUGAUUAUGGAUAAAAUAACACAUUGUAAUUCAGCAAGCUCCUGUGAAAGUAGAGAAUCAUAUGUUAAUAUGGAAACUGUCCAUGUGCACAUACAUACACUUCCUGUAAGACUAAUAAAAACUAUGUUG